GAUAGACGGGGGGAGGAGAGAGGAUAGGAGAGAGAGAGAGGGUGCGAGCGAGAGCAAGCAACACGACUAAUCCGCAUCGUCGCCAGCUAAAGAUGGUGGAGUAGCAAAAGCAAGAGAGCGAAGAGUCAAGCGCUGCCCUCUGCGUCGUCAGGAGAAGAUGGGAAAUGAGCUGAGCGGCGAGGGAGGAGAGGCCAUGCCGGGCGCAGCCGCUGCAGCAGCAGCAGCGGGAGGAGCAGCAACAGGGCCGGGUGCUGGCUCGCUCCUGCAGGGCGGUGCCCCGACUGCUGGAGGCCGAGGACCAGCGCCAACCUCCGUCGCUGCCUCCGCCUUCCCCCCGGCCUCUGCCUCCCCCUCGUCCGUGCAGAGGGCGUCCGCUGCUGGGCCCGGAGACCCAUCGCUCUACCGAAAACCUGAUACUUCACAAGGAGACUACAGUUUACAAGGAGACCCAGUGCGGGUUAGGCAAGGGGAAGGCUUUCAAAGAGACCAAGGCAGAGCUAGGCAAGGCGAAGGCUUUCAAGGAGACCAAGGCCGAGUCAGCCAAGGGGAAGGAGACCAAGGCCGAGUUAGCCAAGGCGAAGGCUUUCAUGGAGACCAAGGCCGAGUUAGCCAAGGGGAAGGUUUCCAAGGAGACCAAGGCCGAUCUAGGCAAGGAGAAGGAUUUCAAGGAGAUGCAGGCAGGAGUAGACAAGGGGAGAGCCUACAGGGGGAUGGUGCCGAACGGGGUCGGCACCAAAACCGAGAGCGCCGCUCCUCUCGUGCGAGGCAAGGGGAGUCCGGGGAGGUGUCUGGUGGGGAGGCGCAGGGAGGUAGGGUUCAUCGGAGCCGUAACCUGCAGAGGCAGCCAUCCUCUGCAUCUGAUCACCACCACAGCGGGGGCAGCAGUGGUGGAGGGGAGGCAGAACGUGGGUCUAGGCGGGGAUCCCAUCGCGACUCCACUGCGGUGCAACGGCAGGGCUCGGCGCGUGGGCUGGAGGCCACAGGAACCCGUUCAGAGCAGCGGGGUCGAGGUGUCGGGGCGGCCGCUACCGCCGUCCCCGCCUCCGCCGAAGGCCAGGAGAAGAGGUCUCGGCCUAAAAGCGUCCACGGCACGUCCACCCGGGGUUCGGCAGCCCCGCCAAAAGUAACGAUGUGCCCUCUUUGCAACACCUCGGCCCUGAACCUGAACUCGGCUGAGCCGCCCAACUACAACAGCUGCACGGAGUGCCGAGCCACGGUGUGCAAGCAGUGCGGAUUCAAUCCCAACCCACACCUGUCACAGGUCGAGUGGCUGUGCCUCAACUGCCAGAUGCAGAGGGCUCUCGGAGCGAAGCCGACCGCCGCUGCCCGCGAACCUCCGCCGCACGCUGCGGGCCAGCCCAGCGCCGUCCCCGAGUCACGCAAACAGCCGAGCGAGACGGACGCCCAUGUGCAGCACCGGCCCCAGCCCCAGACGCAACCCCAGCCCCAGCACCAGAGCGUCGCUCAGCAAAAGCGGCAGCCGCACGCCACUCCCGCGGAUAAGCCGGCGACGCUCCCCGCCGCGAGCAGGGCCGACGUUGAGCCGCAGGUGGAUUUGAAGGCUGCGCCAUCACCCAGAAAGCAGCCACUCGGCGCUCCGCCCGGCCCCGGGGUCCACGAUGUGGCUCGGGAACUACCGCACGACCGUGCCCCUCGGCAAGUACAACAGCAGCAGCAACAGCAGCAGCAGUUGAAUCAACAGCAGAAGCAGCAGCAUCAACAACAGCAGCAGCAGGAUAGGAAAUCCUCCUCCCCGCAUCCUCCAGAUCCGAGGCAGCCACCCGAAACCAAGGCAACGGCAGCACCAUCGGCACCAUCGGCACCAUCGUCGUCAUCAUCCGAGGCCGGUGUGGCGGGAAAGCUGUUCGGCUUCGGGGCCAAUCUGUUCAGCCAGGCGACCACCAUCAUGGGUGCCGUCAACGCUCCGGGCUCUCAGCCCUCCAGCCGCCCGGGGUCCCAGCCGCCCAGCCGCGGGGGGUCCCAGCCGCCCAGCCAGCAGGGCUCACCCCUGCGGAGGCCCGCGACGCCCGGGGAUCCCAGGCAGGUGGCGGCGGACGAAGCGCGUGGCGCUCAUCCGGCCUCGGCAGCUGCUGCGGCGUUGGGUCAGCUGUCGGACUUGCAGCAGAAACAGCAGCAGCAGAAACCGCAGCAGCAGCAGCAGGCAGUGCCAGAUGUUUCGGGGCAGCGGCUACAAGGCCGGAAUACAGAUGCGAGGGGCAGGGUGGAUGAGAUGGGGCGGCAGGGAGCGGUGGUUUCGGGGACGCCUGCCGCUGCUGCCACUGCUGCCGUGGUCGCUGCCCCUGCACCAGCCAAGCCCAAGGUCACGUGUCCUCUCUGCGGAGAGGAGCUCAACGUCGGCGGGCAGGAGCCGGCGAACUACAGCACCUGUACGGGCUGCCGAGCGCAGGUCUGCAACCUCUGCGGCUUCAACCCCUGCCCGCAUUUGCCAGAGAAGAAGGAAUGGCUCUGCCUGACGUGCAACACGGAGAGGCUCAUGACGGGGCAGUUGGGAGAUCUGGACGCCCCUGGUUUCCCUCCGCAACAGCAGCCCGCAUCUCACCCCACCAAGUUCGUGCCGCCAUCUCCCCAGAAACAGCCACCCUCCUCAUCGGCAUCGCCAUCCUCGUCUCCGUUCAAGUCGCCGGCCAAGCAACCGUCUGCUCAAAGCCAAGGGCUGCAGCAGCAGAAGCAGCAGCAAAACGAACGACCAUAUGCCACUGUGACAUCGGCUGCAGCAGCAGCAGGGUCUGGGAUGUCGGUGGUGGAACCCAACGUACAGCUGCCAGCAUCGUCCGUGCUGCUGUCAGAUGGUUUGCAUCAUCAGCCAGGUGGAGGUGGUGCGAUGGAUGUUAAGUCGGGGCUGGCUGUGGCUCAGAAGAUGGACAUGCAGCAGCAGCAGCAGCAGCCUGGCUUGGGAAUGGCGGCGAGUCAGAAGCAGCUCGAUAGUCAGGUAAAAGAUGUGCCGGCUGACAAGAAGAAACAGGCGGGCAAACGGUCUGCGGUCACAUCGGACAAAGACAACAAAAAUCUCCUGCAGAAGCCAAAGGCCAACAACAAGGGGCAGGACAAGACGAGGCAGGGCCAGAGCCUGCAAAGGCACGGGGAGGCUCAGGGUAGAGACAGGCGGCAGAGGCCUCGCUCUCUCUCCAUCACGCCGGAGUCGUACAGCUCGGGCGAGGAGGACGCGCGGGACACGAAGGAGGUGGACGAGGGCGUGAUGGACAUGGACAGCACGUUGAGGAGCCACUCAGACGCCAGCCGCCGCGAGAGCCUGGACUCGCUGGAUGAGGAGCUGGCGAGGAUCCAGCGGCACGACAUGGUGGAGGACAGCAGCGAGAGCACGCCAUCGCCUCUGCCGUACGGCAAGGGCUUCGUGACAACGACGGCGGCGACAACGACAGCGGCAUCGACAGCAACGUCUGCGGAGGGGGUGGCGGCAGUGACGACGGCGGCGGGAGCAUCAAAGGGCCAGGGCGGCCAGCAGGCCCGAGGCAAGGAGCCGGUGCAGCCCGAGGACGAGGACGAGGACUUCAUCCGCAGACAGCUCCUGGAGAUGAGCGCCGAUGAGGGAGGCUCCGCGUCCGAGGAGGAAGAGGAGGAUGAGGACGAUGACGAUGUGAAAGGGCGGCCGGCGGGUGAGAGUGGAGAGAAAGCAUACCAGAAGAAAGACGCGGUGAAGGGGAACGAAGCAAAGUUCGGGCAGUAUCAGGAUACAGGCGGUUUGGGCUUAGCUGGGAGCCCCGGUGACGAUGUGUUUUACGACAAAGAGCCAGAGCUGGAGAUGGAAAGUUUGACGGACACGGCGGAGGACCGGUCUCAGGGCGAUGGCUCGUCGAGCUACCCGGCGGCUUCGAGCAUGACACCAGGCAGUGGCACGUCGCCCUCUGUGUCCUCUCUGGAGGAGGACAGCGAUGGCAGCCCCAGCCGUAGGCGCAAACCCGAGGAGGUGAAGAAGCAGCGGAAACCCAAGCACCACUCGCACGGCCCGCAGCUGCCGACCAUCGAAGACUCGUCGGAAGAAGACGAGCUGCGGGAGGAGGAGGAGCUCCUCAAGGAGCAGGAGAAGCUGCGGGAGCAGGAGCUACAGCAGAGGAAGAACCUGGGCCGCAAGUCGAAGCGCGAUAAGGAGGAGCUGAGGGCGCAGAGGAGGCGGCGCUCCAGGGCGUCUCCCAGCAACCUCUCUCCGAUUGAGGAUGCAUCGCCCACCGAGGAGCUGAGGCAGGCAGCCGAGAUGGAGGAGCUGCACCGCUCCUCGUGCUCCGAGUACUCGCCCAGCAUCGAGUCCGAGCCGGAGGGCUUCGAGGUUUACACGGAGAAGCUCUACAAACUGCAACAGGAGUUCAACAUGCUCACAGCUCAGUCCCUGAGCAAUGUGAGCGGCCAGGAUGGGAUGGAGCCCGGUAGGCUUCAACGAGAGGACACAUCGGACAAGCUCCUGCGCAGCGCCGAAGAGGUCUACGAGGAGAUGAUGAGGAAGGCCCGGCUUCUGCAGAGCCAGCAUUCGGGCCACCAGGAGUUUACGCAAGGCAUGGACAACAGCCAGUGCGACGAUCCAUCGCAGCAGACCGACCUGGCCGACAGUGGUCAGGACUCGCUUUACAGCAUGGACGAGGACAUGGAGAGGGGAUCUCACGGGUGGCAGUCGGUGGGGCCAUCCAAGAGCUCCAAUGAGAUCUACGACGAGAUCUCCCAGCGUCUGCAGGAACUGCAGCAGAACAACCGGUCAUACAGUACAACGUCGCUCAAGCUGGAGCUGCGCAGCAAAGAAGAAAUUGACAGCGGCAACAUCUCGGCGAGUUACUCGGACACCGCCCUGGUGUCUAAGCAGGACAAGAAGCUGCUGGACGCGGACGCUGCUUACGACGAGCUCAUGAAGAGGCACCAAGAGAUGCUCACUCCAGGGACGAGCCCCACGCAGCCGUCCUCCCCGAUGACCCCGCCUCACCAGAUGGAGCACACAGCAAUCUGUUUUCCCACACAGAUUAUAUACAACAACCAGAGUGUGCCAGCCGUUCAGAUCACACAGCACUUCUCGACAGACGAUGACGGCGCUGCAGGUCCGGCGGUGGCGGCGAUUAAUCAACCGGGCAGAGCAGCCACGUCUGCUUCGGGGUCAUCAUCAUCGGCGUACGUGAGACCUUCUCAAAGCUUAUCUGGUGCGAUGACAAAACAGACAUCUGUGGAUUCUGCAACGGCACAAGGCUCCGCGCCAUCGUCGACGCAGACCGCCGGAGGGGUUUCGGCGACGAAGGCUUCGGCGUCGGUCACGCCCUCCGCACGCCUCACCAGGCAGCAGAGCUUGCAGGGUAAACAGAGCGGGUUUGCAGCUGAUGCUAAGAAACAAGGAGCGUCGUCACUGCAGCGAUCCAGCUCCGUCACGUCCGAUGAUUACGAGUCAACUUCUCGUGCUGCGGCGGGAUCCGGAAAUCUGAUUCAGCAAGGUCAGAGGGGUAGUGGCGGCGCCAGGCAAGGAGGGCAUUCCAGCUGUGGACCGGGCACUUCUGUCAAAAGUGCCGGCAUCUCGAUGGUGAACAGAACGUCGCAGACGGGCAUUGGCCCCAGCGCCAACAUGAAACACGCACAGACGAGCACAACUCCCGUCGGCACCAGCGUCAUGGAUCUGAGAUCUUCCACGAUGCUUGCCAAGCACGUUAUGACCGACGGCGGGAUGGAUUUAACUUCUUUCAGUGGGGAAGGGAGGCGUUAUUCCCUCCCAAGUGAGGACUCCAUCAGGCACGUCAUCUCGUCGGGCGUAAUGAAUCUGAGCGCCGUCGGCUCGGAUCAGCCGCAGCCAGUCACCGUGUUCAACCCGGCCACUCACACUUCCGGAGCUUACAACGCCGUGUCGCAGCCCCCGCCGUACCAGCCGGGCGAUGGCACGGUGCACAAGCCGCUCGACCUGGUGUCCAGCUGCCCCUCUCGCAGCUCGGUCGCGGUGGAUGCGACGCGAGCGCCUCCCAAGUCGAUGACUGCCACCGCUGUCCAGACGGACAAUGAUGACGACGAGGAGGAGGACGAGGAGGAGGAGGCCAUCCAGACUCCACAGCGGCGCACGCGGCAGUCCAUCUCACACGGGGAAGGCCACCACCACCACCACUGCGGCAGUGGCGGUGCGAAGCCACACGACACGGUUGUCACCAUGGACGAUUCGGUGAACCGGGCCGUGACGAGGCUCGCGAGCAGGGACGUGGCCACGGACCCCGUGGACCUGACCGGUGGCCGGGAGGAGAGACGUGCCGUGUGCUGCGACGUCGUCUACAAGUUUCCCUUCAUGAAGUCGGCCAAGAAGGAGAGGUCGUCUCCGGGCGUUCCCAUCACGCCUCCGCCCCAUCACCGGUUUGACCCGACCCACUACUACUAUCCCGAGAUUCCACCAUCGCCGAUGAAUCCCAACUUCGUGCUGAGCCCAAUGAAGUCGUCGUUUUCGGACACAAACCUCGCCGACAUAGGGAUGUUCUCCUACCGUAGUAGGAACAACGCGGAGUUCGAUGGCAACGGCUCCGUGGUCGACCUGACAUCCAGGAAAGGGAUGCAGCGGAAGCCCGAAGGCAGCGAGUUGAGAUACGACAGUAUGUACGGGUCAUCAUCGGACCUCCGGUGGAAUCAGGAGGAGCAGGACUACUACAUGAGGCCCAUGAGACGUUACAACUCUGACCUCAACAUAUCGAAGCUAGACCCGGAGUUUGACUACUACGGCAGAAAUCUGUACAACGUGAGGCAGGCCAAUGCGGGCUCCUGGCAGUCCACCGCAGAUACGAUCAGGGAAAUCAACAAACUGUGCUCUGAGCUCAAUGCCCUGCAACAGGAGUGGACGGCAUACAGCGACCAGAGAGAAACUGUGCAGUUCGGCAUGAGCCAGGCCAGCGCCAUGCCCACGUUUGCCUCUCGCCCUCAGCAAAACGUGCCCAUGGGCAUGAAGGUCAAUCAGCCAUUCACUGGUCAACUGGGCCAAAUGAUGCCGAGACCUCAGCUGGGACAAUUGCCAUACACACUGCACGGCCAGUCGCUGCAUGGCCAGUAUUCGGACACGGUCAGUAAGCAGCUGGGCCUCUCGGGCUCGUUCAGGACGCCCGGCGGACUGCUGUACUCGACCAUCACGACGCCAAUCCUGUCCACGCUGCCCAUCACCACGCAGCCAUCCUCCAUCAUGCCGUCACCCUACAAGGACAACUAUAGGCCCACCACCUUCACGCCGGCGCCACUGGGGCCCCUAAACCCACGCUACCCGCUCAACCGCUUCCCGGCACCCGCAUAUCCAAGGCCAGUGGGGAUGCCGAUGCCUCGGCAGGUGCUGCCACCGUUGGCGUACCCCGUGAGGGUCACGCAGGCCGAGCGGCCCGUGGGCAGCGUCACCAGGAUGGAGUCGGCACCGCUUGUCAACAAAGCCGGUGCUGUGGCGCAGAUGAGGCCCCCGCAGCCGGCCGCCACCGUCCCGCCUCAGUUCCACCAGGGCAGCGCAAUGAGCGGCAGCCUCAGCUACUCGCAGCCGGCAGACAAGCUGCAGGCAGGUCAGCAAGUGGCGUCCUGCACGUACCAGAUGGUGGGCGAGCAGGCAGCGGCCUUCACGAAGCAGCAGGUGCAGCCAAUCCCUCUCAUCAAGGGGGUGGCCGCGACGGCACACCAGCCCGUCACAUCGGUGGUGCCCGUGAUGCACAUUGGCAUCUCCGACCCCGGCCUCAACUUGACUGUGGUGGCUGAGAAGGCGAAGCCACCAGCGUCCGAGCGUGGGGAGCAGGCGAUGGCCGUCCACGCCACGGCGCCUCCAAUCCCGGCGGUGCCGCAAGUGGUGAAGGUGGACGAGGGGAAGAAGCGGAAGGAGAGUGAGGAGGUUAAAGUGGUGGUGCGGAGUGCGGAGGAGGAGGGGGAGAGGCGGCUGAGGGAGGAAGAAGCGAGGAAGAAGGCGGAGGAUGAGGAACGGAGAAAGAGGGAGCAAGAGUUUCAAAGGAUGCGGGAAAUCGAAGAGGCACGGAGGAGGAACGAGGAGGAGCAGAGGCGGCUGCGGGAAGCGGAAGAAACGAGGCGGAGGGAGCAGGAGCAGAUUCAGAAGAAGCACAUGGAGCAGCAGCUGCUGAUCCAGCAAGAGAUCCUAGAGAUCGAGAAGCUCAAGCAGAAGAGGAUCCACGAGGAGCUUGAGCGGGACCGCUUGGAGAUGAAGCAGCGCCUCGAUCAGGAGAAGAGGCUCAUGGAGCAGGAGCUGCAGGACUUGCAGAAGAUGAAGCAGCACAUCUUCCAGCAGCAGCAGGAGGAGCGCCAGGCGCAGAUGUCGCUGCAGCAGGAGCAGAUGGCUCAGCAGCGGAUGCAGAUAGAGAAGAUCCAGCAGCUACAGCAGCAGCUUCAGCAGCAGCUCCAGGAGCAGAAGGUCAGACAGGUCGGCCCUGUGACGUUCGCUCAUGACCCGGCAGCCGGAAGGUGGACACCGCAGAUGGUCCAGGAGAUGGAAGCUCAGGGCAUCGCGAGCAGCCACUAUUGGCACGGAGCUCCCCACGCAAUGACGUCCGAAAAAGAGAAGGCCGCCAGAGGCCAGGGAGAGGGAAUCCCUCAUCAGCAUCACCCACGUCACCCCGUGGCCAUGUCAACGUCGGACACGCCGAUUAAGGACGGCGGUUACAGGGGCAGGAAGGUGGUGAGGCGGCGGAGUUCCAUUUCGGGGCCGAGGGUCUCCUACGACGAGGACGACGACGACGUGGGCGCGCCGUCCUCGUUCAGGGGGGCGAGGAGGUCCAAGAUGGACAGCGGGGUGCAGACUGAUGAAGAGGACACGGAGCGCUGCUUCGAGGGCCGCCGGAGGAGGGCGCGCCGGAGCGUCGACUGUGGCGUGCAGACCGAUGACGACGAGGACGACUGCGGCGACGACUGGAGCCACCCGUCACGGCGCAGGAGGCCGAGGGCAGCCAGGUGUGCGGACGCCUGCGCGGAGCUCGACAAGUGCAGGCCCGCAUCCAAGUCGAUGUCCAGCAUCGCCGUGCAGACCAUCGCGCACCGCUCCGCGCAGACCGAGCCGGAUGACAUUGCCAAGUGCCCAGCGGUCGCCUUCCCCACGCUGUCCCGCACCGAGAUUGUGCAUCACAUCUCGGCGCCCGAGCGUGGCACCAAGGGUGGCAGCCUGGCCUGCCAGACCGACCUGGAGGCUUGCAUGCCGUUUUCACAGCAGCAGCAAGCCGCAGGCCAGAGUGUCUACUCUAAGGGCUGCUCAUACUCGAUGGUAACUCAGCAGCAGGAGCAGGUAUCCACAUCCUCGGUCUACAGGAAGCGACCCGCCCCGCUCGAGAUCGCGUACGGAGCCGGACAGCAGCCGCCCGACUCGUCCGGGCACCAGCAGACCUCGCCCAAAUCCCCCAAGGUGCUGUACUCGCCUGUCUCCCCCAUCGGACAGAGCAAGCCGGCGCCAUCGCCGUUUGGCUCCUACGACAAGCAGCACAGGGCGGUGCACGUCUCCCCGCAGAAGCACGCGGCGACGACGGUGGCCGCGUCGGUGCCCUCUAUGCAGUCUGCGGCCACCCCCCGCGUGGUCGUCCACCACUGCUCUGCUGACACCAAACCGCUGGAGAGCAGUGGGGCCUACCAGAGCUCCGGCCAGCAGGACAAAACUCAGCAGAGCCCUUCGUUGGCACGGAAGGUGAAGAGGACGCUGCCCAACCCGCCACCCGAGGAGGCCGUCCCCACGUCUGCCCAGCUCCUGGCCUCGAUGGGGCGAAGCCUAUCGGGCCAAAUCACGCCCAUGCAACGCGACAAGCUGCUCAAGGAGAUCAACAAGGAGUUGGAGCUCGUGGAGAAGGAGUCGGUGAAGCUGCGGCAGAAGCAGGCCGAGCUGGACGAGGAGGAGAAGGAGAUCGACGCCAAGCUCAAGAACCUGGAGCAGGGUGUCCUGCGCAAGCCGGAUGGCCCUGGAAAGGAGGCCGCGCCCGCCAGCACGAGCACGUGGGCGGGCAUCGUCGAAGAGUCGGUCGUGGCCGAGGCCACCAUUAGCAGCAGCAGUGGCAGCAUUGUCGGCUGUAGUGUAGGCGGCGGUGGUGCCGCCGGCUCUGUGAGGCUAGACGGACCCAAGACAACUCAACAACAGCUGCAGCAGCAGCAACAACAACAGCAGCAUUCGAGCUAUGCGCUAACGAGUGCCCAUUUCACGCAGCCGUCGGCGUUUAUUCCGUACCAACAGUCCACCUCCCACGUACCUCCGACGCUGUACCCGCAGCAGCCGGGCUACCAGCAGCUGAGCUUCCAGCAGGUUGGGCAGUACCAGCCGCAGCCGCCGCAGAUGCACGGGCAGACGGCCUUCUAUGGGCAGAGCGGCGUCGGCAUGCCGGCUUACCAGGGCGUCGUCGCUGGCGGCGUGGGGUACUCAACGCUGCCGCACGCGCACGCCUACCCGCAGCCGUUUGCACAGCCGUACCAGGCGCAGCCGUGCGUGCAGUACCAACAACAGCAGCAGCAGCCAGUGGCGGCGUACGUCCAGAGCCAGCCGCCCGCUCAGGCACCCGCGGUUUACUCGGCAGCCGUGGCCGUGACCACGGCGCAGGCGCCGGCCGCGCCGCUCGGCAAGCAUCCGACCAAGCAGACCAACUUGACCGACCUGGAGCCCAAACUGAUGACCAACUACGAGGUGGUGCCAGGGCUGCCGCUGCUGGCGACGUCGGUGGCGGCGUCUUCGUCGUCGUCCGCGGCGGACCCCGCGGCGGGAGGAGGGGGCGGGCGCUACGAGCAGGCCGAGCUGAGGCUGCCGGGUGAUGAGAAGGGCAGCCCCGCGUCCAACGUGUCGGCCGAGUCGUUCUACUCCGACCUGGAGCAGAGCAUCCCGAGGAACUACGUGAUGAUCGACGACAUCAGCGAGCUGACGAAGGCCUCGGCGUCCGGUGCCGGUUCGCUCGCCGGGGGCGGCAGGGAUGGAGGAGCCUCCUCGCAGGUGAAGGGCGAGCGUCAGAAGUUCACGUAUGAGAAGCGGCGGGCGGACGCUGCCCCCGCUGCUUCCGAGCGGCAGAAGCUGCCGCUGCAGUCGUCAUCGCCGUCGCCGUACGACCGCACGGUUGACGCUCCGGCCGCCUCUUCCAUCUCCUCCCAGCUGUACUCAUACGACAAGGACGUGGAGCCUCUGCCGGGAGAUCCCUACGAGCAGCAAAAGUGUACGAAAAACCACCACCAUCAUCACCAACGGUCGAAGAACAACGACGACUACGGCCCGACGGCCUCCUCCUACGGCUACGACGACGGCGACUACAAGCAGUCGGCGAGGCGCUCCGACAAGCACGGCUCGAGCCGUAACUCGUCGCACAAGCAGGUCUCACCGUCCUUCUCCUCGGCGGUCAUGUCCAAGCGCGGCAAGCACAAGAAGCAGAGCGCCGAGCAGAAAAUGUCGACGUUCUCUCCCAUUGAGGAGUCCAACGAUGGGGAGGCCGACUACGCCUACUACGGCGGUGGCGGCGGCGGCGGCAGCGGCCUGUCGUCGGGCUCCAAGGGCUCGGUGUCUUCGCGUGCUCGCAAGCUGCAAGACGACAUCACCUAUGGCCUCAAGAAGAACAUCAGCGACCAGCAGAAGUACGGCGGCGUCUCCUCCUCGCGCAGCAGGAGCCACGGCGACCCCGACAAGUACUACGGCGGCGAGGGCCGCUCGCAGCACUCGUCGCACGCCGCCGAGCCGUACUCCCCGUACGCCCCCCCGCAGGGGCCCAAGCCGUCGUGCAAGGGCGGCAACCGGGGCUACGGCGGCAAGUACGAGUCAGACGACGGGCCCUACGCGCCGUACGGCGGCGCGGGCGUCGGUGGCGGCGGGCCAUCGCGGCCGCGCUACUCGGACGCGCCCCACGCGUCAUCGUCCCACUCGCGCUCCAAGUCGGGCGGCGUGGGCAAGGGCCGCUCGUGCGGGCCGGCCCAGACCUCGGAGGAGGAGGUGGUGGUGCGCAAGCCGUCGCGCGCCGCGGGGCCACCGUACGCCCCGCCGUCGGUGGCGGCCGCCGUGGCGCGAGAUUCGUUCGGCUCGAGCCACUCGCUGCCCGAGGUGCAGAGGCACGGCAAGCCCGAGGCGCGGCCCCAGCGCGGCUACGAGCGCGACGCCGUCUUCAUGCCCGACGACGCGCAGCACGCCAUGUCCGACAGUGAAGAGUGGCAUUUGCCUUUCGAAGCAUACCACCUGCGGGGCGAGGAAACGGACUGGUUCGAGAAGCCCCCGGAUGUGGCCCAUCAAGAGCCAGUGGCGGCUGCCCUCCCUAAGCCACAGACGAGCGAUAAACCCAUCAAAGUUGGCCAUGAAUCAAAGGCGCCUCCCGCUAGCAGCGUUGCCAAGCCACUGAGCUCUCAGAUGGCCGUGACCCCCCAGCCCAUCCCGACCCCUCAGCCCAUCCCUGCCCCACAGCCGACGCAGCCCCCACAUCAAGAGGCUCCUCGUAACCGGCCGAUAAUCCAGCCCGUGCCCAAGAUGACCACAGUGACAGGCAAUGGUAUAGGAGCCAAGGCGGCACCGCCCGCCAUGGGUAAGGACGGUGGCACCGCUAAGGAUCCAGAAAUCGGAGCCUACAUCAAUAAGAUCAUCCCGGGAGCGGCGGCGGAGCAGGCUGGCAAGCUGGGCGACGCUGUCUCCGCCUUUGGCCGCAAAUUUGCAUCCCUGUGGUGAUGGCAUCGCAGGCGAACACUGUGCAUGCAAGAGUAUGUGCAUAUCAGUGGAUUAUUUUACUUCGGACCACCUGAAACAAUGGAAAACCCGUGAAGAAAUGCAACCCUUAACGUGGCGUCUCAACACACACACACCCAGCUGCUUCACAUGCAAGGCCAUCUGAGCACACGCACGCUCGCUCGCACGCACGCUCGCACGCUCACAUGCACACUCACAUGCACACUCGCAUGCACACUCGCACGCUCACUCGCACGCUCACUCACACACUCACACGCACGCUCGCUCACCCUGUGGAGACCCUGGGAGCAACGCAAGAGUGGAAACCCAGCACGUGACUUCACCUGCAGCCAGCAAAGAUGAAAGAACACGGAGCCACUUUGCCGCUCGAAACUGGUUCAGUGAGACCAGGGUUUAGACUGUCGCCCGUGAACGCUCGCGCAGACUUGUGGUGCCAUCCCAGCCAAUCAAAGGACGGCAGCACGAUUAUACGUUGUGGAAUGGCUGAAAUACGCAAGUCUUCUGGUGACUUCAUGGGAAAUGGAUCUGUCCCUCGAUCUCAUGGAACGAAGCCUUUAAAGCUGCAUCAUCAGCUAUGGCCUAUUUACUGCUGGAUGAAGGCAUCUCCUCAAUAACGCCAGUUUCAAAAUGCCACAAGCUAUCUCUAGUGUGCGCACAAACUGACCGAAUCGCUUAAUUUGCACCGUGACACAUCUUUUGGCUCCCACUCCAUGACCUGUCUCAUCCAUCAGUCAGCAUCCAUUCUUGUGAUGCGUCUUGCCCAAACCCACAUUCCUCAACAGUCCAUACAACACCUGUCAUUCGCGUUUGUUCUCUGAUCUACGUGUUCCUCUCCACGUAUGUCAGUGUAAUCCAUAACAUACAUCUCUUUAUGCUUUCUUUGUGCACAAUUCAACAUUUGUUCCACUUUCUUAGUAACUUUCCAUAUUUCUGAUCCAUACAUCAUCUUAGGUAAUAUGCACUGAUUGGCAACUAUUCAUUUAAAACAUUUGCACUUUGCUUUUCAUUGACAAACUCAGUUCUUCAAAGUGCUGCGUCCUGCUCACAUUCUUCUUUAGUCCAUCGCCCAUCGUUGGCAACGUGUCCUCGACUUAAAAAAAAAACUCCACAACAUUCGUCUUUGCGAAAUCUCAAGAUGCUUUGACUUCGACUUUCUUUCGCAAGCAAGAGCACAUCUCUUACCAGCGCCAUUUCCCAUGCCUAACUUCCCCACUUGUACGAUUUUCAAUGUUCAGCAUCCACGCAUCUCAAAAUAUCUCCUGCAUGAUUUAGCGUCGUACCUUACGUAACAUAUCGCGAUCCAUUUUCUUUCUACAUUCUGCCCUCUGGCUCGCCUCUUUUAUUUUAAAUCAAUUUCACCCCAAGCUCUGCGCUUCGCUCUACAUGACAGGCCAAGAAGAGACCCAUCACUUAACAUCUCGCUUCAUGAAGUUAUAAGUACAAAAGGUGGUCACUUAUCACGUCGGGACAUUGCAGAUAUUGAUAAUAAUCAUUGUAAUGUUAUAUUAUAAUAUCAGAGCGAGCAAGGGCACAUCAAUAAUUAUAAUAAUUAUUACUCUCAACGCCGAUUUUACCCAGCAAAGCAUGGCUAGGUUAGGUGCUGCAUGCUGGUACGGAUGCUGCUGUGGUGUUGUUCAGGGGGCGGUUGAAACAGGCCGCUGGGUUCUUAACCCCCCCACUGCUUCUGUGCACCCCCAGCACUCUGAGUAGAGUCACUGAGAGUCGUGCGUGAUGGGUUAUAGCGCUGGCACUCUCGCCUCUGGUGCGAGUGCAAGAACAGGAAAACAUGCACGCCACUGCACCUCUGCCGGUGGUAGAGAUGGGGCGUGGUCAUGGCAUGGCACGGCUGCGCCUUUGCCUUUUGCUGGACAGCGUGUAAGCGCCACUGAUCAAAUCUGUUUACCCCUCCAGACACGAGGGAUGCGAUUUACAGAUUUAUAAUCCACGAGAGUGGGUGGCCACCUGCUUACCAUCAAGCCUGGCACGGUAGCGCACGCAUUGGGAGGUGGGAUUUGUGGAUCACACAGAGAUGGAGCGUAGUAUGCUCCCACUGUCCAAGACAUGGCAGUCUGCAAGGUGGCCGAAAGAUGUCAGGACAGCAAAUGGGUUCCUGACUUAAACUUGCCGUGUGGGUUUUCUCCAGGUACUCCAUCUACUACCCGUAAUCAAACACCUACACAUCCUGUGGACUCAGUGAGGCAUUCCUGGGUAAAAUACUAGCGACACAUUAUAAAGCCUAAAACUCCUCUGCCAAUUACCUCUACCAAUGAACAAAAUAAAGAAUCCUUCAAGAGAGCCAUGAUACAAAUCCACAUGGUACAUUGCGUGCGUGUGUGCGUGUGUGCGUGCUGACAAGGUGCACAUGGCCUGGCACAAGCGUCGUGGUGACGUCACCGCCACUUAGCGGCGAAUGGCGGUUGUUGUGUUGCGUGCUAACAGCAAUUGCACCAACAGUCUGCUCAGCCUAUACGUGGAUCUUUGCUCGUUGUCUUAUCUUGCGUGUGCAGCAGCGAUUGCCAGCCAGUGUCAGGGGAGUCACAACGCCACACUUGUGGCUUUGUUGCGAGGGCCCCUUCACACGGGCACACACGAGACAGGACAGCAAGCAAAGAUCCCGCGCGUGCGCCGGUUGCUGUGGUGCGCCGUCGAUUCGAGACGCUGUGCGGUGACUCGCGUGGCCCCGUUACAAGCGUCGGCGGUGCGUUAAGAAUCCGAGAUCGUCGCGGGUUAAGAGUAUCCGGCUUCGACGAGGGCUCCGUUCUUCGCAGGGUUUUCCAUUGAUGUGUAUAAUGUACAUUGAUAUUAAGGUGCGGAAUAUUGCGCUUGACUUGCGGUAAUGAUUUUGCGCGCUUGACUCUUCGCCCCAGGGUUGACUUGGCACGUCAUUUCUCCGGGCUGUAUACAAUGAGACACGGCUUUGCAGGACGUUAUUCGCGAUCUCGUCCGACGUUGCAAGCGGCUCUGUCAUAGGAAUGUGGAAUGUUGACGGCUGGUGGAGAUCAAUGCCACCCUCACCCAGUGCUCGCUGGAACAGGGAGACUCUACACUCGUGUGCCGUGCGUGCCAGAUCGCUUUGCAUUUCGAAAUGAGGAUGGAGGUGCGAUUUGUGGAUUUUGUGUCCUUGUUUGUGUUCAAUAGUGUCAAUUGAAGAUGCCUAAAUGUGCAUUAUUGUUUUGCCAAUUUUAAUUUUUAUUUUCAGGCAGAGUAUGAAACAUUUAAUUGCAAUAUUGACGUGUGUGUGUGCUUAAUGAGAAGCAGCGGUGUAGUAUUUAGCACAUUGCGAUGUAGGAUGACGUCAAUCACUUCCCGACUGUGCUACACACAGCAGCAGUGUUGCCAAUUGGUGUCUGAAAACUGGCCCAGGUCUCUCCAAGUUUCACUCGGCACAAAAUGAGCACCUGGUGUGGUAGUGUGCCAACAUCUGCACAGGGGGAUACAAAGGCGGUCAGGCGUGGGUAGCGCUACACACACCAAUCCCUUCGUUUGCCAUGCCGAUCACAAUAGGGACUUACUAACAGCGCUUAUGCCUGCAGUCUGUAAGUGAAGCAUCUUCGCACAUGUGAAGUUGGCGAAGAUGCUAGACAAAAGAAUAACGCAUUAUCGGUGUGCACAGAUGUACUCAAUACCGUGCCUCUUUUAUAUUUAAAGCUGGGUAGGUGGUACAGCGGUUUGAUUAUACGACUCACCAAGGUAAGGUGAUCCAUCAACUCCUCGGUGGUCAAUGACUGCAAAACACAGCUACCACUUUGUAUUAACCCAGCAGUGGUUAUCCUAUGGAUAUACUGACCGUGACAUAGGAAUAUGGAAUUUCCAUCAUUGGACUAAGGCUGGAGAUGGAAAUGAGGGAGGGUAGUCUCUUCCUCGCUUAAGGAGGGAAACACUUAACUAUUUUAUAAAAAAAAUAAUGUAAAGUUAUAUUUAGCGUGACUAAUUUAUUUAAAAUUUAUUUUAUCUGUCUGAAACCCUCUUGGCUGUUAUUUAAUAUGUAUAAUAAUAGACUAAUAUACUGAUAUGUAUAAUUGUGUUCAAUACAAAACCCUCCAUGCUCAUUUAGAAUAAACACUGCGUUGCUUGAAUGGACUAAUUUAUUGUACAUAAUUAAAGUGACUUUAGGAAUUAAAUGAAUCGGAGCUUCAGCCGUUGUCACUCAGCUUCUCAAACAGAAGGAUUUGUAGGGAUAGCGUUGAGGCUCAAGGCACAGGAAUUACACGGCUUGCUACGGACGUGUGUGGAUGUGUGGUCACCUCUGUGUGUGCGCGUGAACCUUACCUCACUACUGCAGGAACUCGGCUCAUUACUGCCGAUGGAUUAGCGCGGUUGGCUACGUACGGUGCGAAAGGAGUGCAACAUGCAUACAUACAUAGAUGCAAAUCGGCAAUGUGUUUCACUUGCACUCAUUUGAAACUCGACCAUCGUGGUGGAUAAUGACUCGAAAUUAAAUUGAGGCAGGGCCCACAGAAAUGUGGAGUUUGUUCCUACUGGUUUAUUUGUGUUGUCCCUACUGGUUUCGUUUUUUCCCUUCUGUUUUUUCCCCCCCACAAGAGAUGAGCAACCGCCCAUUGCUCAAUUGAGCACUUAAAUAUAGCACGUGCACUGUUGCAUGCGUUUUGAAUUGUUUAACACUUCAAAUACUGUUCAGCCCACACAUCAACAUUCAUUCUAAACGUUUCGACCAAAAGAACAAGGUAUGAACGUGCAUAGUUUGUUCCAGUGAUGCAAAACUGCGUUUACAUGGCAAUGAAUGGGCCUGAAUGAGUCAAACUUGACAAUGCCCUUCGGGCUAAUUGUUACAUUAAAGGGCAAUGAUAAUUCGCUUUGCAAAAGCCAAUAUUAGUCCAGGCGGCGUUGUACUUUCUCUUUCAAAAUGCCUUUGUAAAGCAUCUGACAUGUCGACUCUGGCUACAGUUGAAUUGCUAAUACUCAGUGAUGCGUGAGGUUGUGUAACACGGAUUUGAUUUAACGUUUGAAAUAAUUUUGCCUUAUUUAUGGUGGCAUCAUGGUCAGCCAUCCAAUGCGCCUGCGUUUGUUAAUAUCGCCCGAUGCUUGUUUUAGCUUGUUCCCGCAAGGGUUUAUAAAUGUGUGCGUGUCCAGCAAACGUGUCUAGCCUCUCACAACGGAGCUCCCGCGUGACGAGGGCAUCGACGCAGGGGUGGUGGUGGUGGUGUAAAUAUUUAACCCUUUCGUGUUACCAACGUCUCGUUCCUAAUUGUGAUGGAUGGAUGGAUGACAGCUUGCGAAUGUGCAUAAGGAGCCGUGAGCGAUCGAGCCAGUCAGCCAUCAGAGCUUCCAGAUAAUAUGCAAAUCUUAGGACCGUAACAGUCUAUGCACAGCAAUGGCAACAAUCUCGUGGGGAAUAUUCCCAUGAAACAUGGAAUCUGUCACUACUAUAGUAUCACAUAAUAGCUGGUUUGGAAAUAACAUUGUACGAAAUGCUGUCUUGCCCAUCAGGGCUUUGCUAUUUGCUUGGGAUGAUUGCUUAUUUAAUUGUGACGUCCUCUUGUGUUGGUUUAUGUUGAAUGACUGAUGCCAUCGUGGGCAAUGGAAUGCCAUUUAGGAAAUAUCUCAUGAGCUACUCUUUGUGGGAAUUCCCCUCCCACCAAUGCCACUCGUGUUGCUUCUUUGCCGCCAAUGAAACAACACACGUUGUUCGAGCAAUGUUUUAGCGACACUGUAAUUGCUUGCGGGCUUAGUGUUGUUCCGACUUCUGCGUUAACAGUUAAAUCGUACAUAAUAGAGGUUUUUGGGUUGGUAAAUUUACACGCUGUAACCCAAAAACCUCCAUUAUGGAUGAUAUUGGUCGCAAAGCCUACGAGUUACUGUAAAUGGUAUCUGUACAAUCCACAGGUUAUAUGUUUCAGGUCACAUGCGAGGAAAUGCGUAUUUCCCGCAAGAAUGUAUAUAUAGACAUUUAAACCACAGCUAGCUUGUGAGUCGUUAAGAAGUUGUGUUUAACUUUGCCGAAACGCAUCAGCCAUAAACAUGUUUUUACAAUGAGCCACAUUUCAACUAACAGCGUUGGGUGUUUUCAAUCUUCACAUCGAUUUGAAGAAGCAUGAGGUCGAACGUUUUGCAGCUCAAAUAGUGGUGAAGUCACGAAUCGGUGUCAUUGAUUUACACAGAACCAUGUUGUCAAUGUCGGUGUAUGAACAACAUCGCAGCAUCGAAGUGAUUAGUGGAGGCCAACCAAAAAAAAGAAUUACUCGUUAAAAAAAAGCACAUUUCUAAGGGCAGAGAGUGGCAACGAUUCGAAAGAUUGUUACCACAAUGCCCCUUAGUUGCCCUGCUAUAUUAAUGAAGUAGCAGCAUCUUUGGAGGAUAGUGCUGUGACGUGACUGUUAAACCUGUUAAUCUACUACUAAGACGCACUUGCCAUGUACAUCGUGUAAAUAACGAUAGUGUGUGUGUACAUAACGGGUGGGAGUUGAUAUUUCUCAACAACAAAAAAACCCAAUACGAGCAUUCCACAGAAGAUAACGUGCAUGUGCGUCUAUCUGCCUGGUGUUCCUGUAAAUAUUCUCCCUUGAAUGUCACAAUGCACUGGAGUGCAGGAGAGAUCACGAGAGUCUGCUCCGCUGUGUCCCCCCCCCCCCCCCCCCCCCCCAUUGCUUUGGAGUCCAAUGUUGUGUCUCGAACGUGUCGCCAUGUCCCUUAAAUGUCCGUGAGUGCUGUCGAGUUUGGGGAAAUCCGUACAUGCGUCUGCAUUCCUGCCUAAAGCAUGGAAGGCUUUGCAUUUCCAGCGAGGAUAUUUACCGUUGUUGUUAAAUGCUUCAAAAAGCUUUCGCUGAGACCAGCGACUAAGCAGAAGAGCUUAAAGUAAUUGGUGGUGGUGAACAUGAGGCUUGUUGUCAACCGUGCAACGGCUGAGAGAGGCCUAGCAGAAGGAAGGGAGUGAUGGCGAGGUGCAGUGGCUUUUGACACCAUUGACUGUGAUGGCCUCUGCAGCUCGGCCUUUGAAGAAAGCGGAAUUUUCCUGUGAUCGCGCACGGAAUGGGUGCAGAAAUGAAUGUGCAUGUGUUAAUUCAUGUAAGGGCAUUGUAGGCAUCACAUUUACGAGUCAGUGUCGUUUUGUACGGCUGUGUUGAAUUAUGAAGUUACAAAACAGUGUGUGGGAUUAUUAUUAUUACGUGAGUACAGCCAAAAUAAUGUGUAUUGUGUUGUCAUGCAACUCUUUGCUAAAAAAAUAUAUUUCCUCAAAAUACACAUCCAAAUGUGCAGCUUUGGUUACUUAACGUCACUGAGAAGAGAUUUUUAUUCAUUAAAGCAUGAAAACAACCCAUGUGAAUCGACCCAUCAUGUAUGUAAUUUUUUAACUGUACAUUUUAACUUUGUGAAUCAUAUUAGUAAUUUAAUGUAUCCAUAAAUGUAUCUGCUCCAGUGAAAUAAUUGAUGUUUUUUGGAUUAAAUGCAUAUUGAAUAUUUUAUGUGGAGAAAUCACACUACAAUGCCCUUACAAUUCAAUUUAUCUGAGGCUUGCAAUUAUGUGUAAAAAUAAAAAAAACAAUACUAAAAAUAAUGUUAGCUAUAUUUGUGACUCAUUAUAAAGAAUUUUAAUUAUUUCCUGUGUUGUGAUAAAAUGUUAUGGAAAUAAACAAAUGUUAUGCGAAUAGAA